AUGAAGACCAACAUCCUUAUCCUCCUGGCUACAUUGACAGCUAGCGUCAUUGCCACCCCAACCGCCAACGCUGAAGCCAGCGAAAUCUUCGAGCGCUCCGGCAGCUGUUACCACCCCAGUUCAUGCAGCCGUUCCUGGGCUGGGAAGUGUGAGGAUUACUGUGGUAGCCGCGGUUUCUCGCAUAUGACCGGUGACGGCUGUGGAUGGCUUGCUAAGAAGUGUUGCUGUAGCAAGAAGUAA